UUGAUAAUGUUGUGUAGUUUCAGAGAACAGCGCUGCACAAAGCUUCAUUCAGAGGAAACACUGACGUUAUGAAGACUCUGCUGCAGGCCGGAGCUCAGAUCGAGAUGAAAGACAAGCUGGAGGCCACAGCACUGCACUGGGCCUGUAGGGGGGGCAGUCUGCCGGCUCUGCAGCUACUCCUGGACCAGGGGGCAAAGGUCACGUCCAGAGACAAGCUACUCAGUACUCCUCUCCACGUUGCCGUGAGAACAGGACACUGUGAGUGCGCCGAACAUCUGAUUCACUGUGGAGCCGACGUCAACGCUAAAGACAGAGACGGGGACACGCCCAUGCACGACGCGGUGAGGAUCAACAGAUUUAAGAUGAUCAGGCUGCUGAUGAUGUAUGGAGCGAGUCUGAACACCAAGAACUGUGACGGGAAAACUGCGAUGCAGACGUUGCACUCGUGGCAGAACGGAGUGAAGAGUCUUCUGUGUCACGUCAACGACGACGACACAAACCAAACUAACUAAACAAGUGUUUUGUUAACCUGUCAUUAACCAGGGAAACGCUGCAGCACAUGCUGACUGACAGAUAUUGACUCCGCCCCCUCAGGAAAUGUUUAGCUUUUUCGUGAAGCGUUCAGGGACUGGAACCUUCGAGGCGUCUGCAGCACAGCAGUGCGGCCUGGAAGGAGAUUAAUAAUGUGAAAUCUAAUCAGGUCAUUGAUAAUGUGAUUGAUAGAUUUAUUGCUGGACAAUGUCUUGGCCGACGACGUGAAGAUGUUUUUCUUAAUUGUUACUUUAAGUUGAAGUCACCGUCACUGCAUCGAGAGGAUGAAUUUAUUUAUUGAUUUAUGGCAACACGUCAAUCAUCGAUUGGUUUUCUUUGUUUAUUUAUUGAUUUUAAUACACUUUAAUAAUAACUGUGUGAGUUAUGUUAUUUAAGUUUAUGUUGAAGAUGACUCCAGGUCGGUGUGAAAGGGUGAUGUGUCGUUAAACUGAGUUUAAAGGGAUUAUUUCAGUUUUUUUAUGUGGUGGUGCUGAGAUGAGAUCAGGUUUAUGAACGUAUGAACAUCAAUGUUGGAUGAGAGGACGUCUGAAGAGAGAUGAUUUGGCUUGAACAAGUGAUGAAUAAUAACCAGAAUUAUGAUUUUUUUUUAAAAAUGGUUUUAUUGUAUUUUAAAAUGUUAGUGAAUAUUGCUAUGAAUUCAUGGAUUAAUUAUUGAAUAAAACAAAUUUUGAGUUGAAA